CCCAUUUUUCUUCCACUAGAAACCUGCAAGAUCAACGAGUCAGUUUCGUCGUUUUUCCUGUGAUUAUAAAGUAACAGAAUUUUAUCUUAAGUUCUAUAUCUAAAAGCAUUAUAAAUGUUGCUAUUCAUUUCUUGCAUCCUAACAAUAAUGCUGAACGUUGUAUUCUGCCUUCCUGGUCCAGGAGGAAUGAGGCAGAACAUUCUAAGGCUUGCCCGUGAAGACAAAUCUCUACCUCACCAUUUCGAUUUCUCUGGUGCAGACGUCAUUCGCAGUCUUCUGCCAGCCAGAAGCCUGGACAAAUUAGGCGGUGGAGAACUUAUCCGCGUCUUGGACCCUUUCAGCGGUGGCCAAAUGAUAAAGUCUUUAGAGCAAAUGAAUGGAGGUCAGUUCCUCAAUUUCUUGGACAACUUCAAAGGAGGUGAGGUACUGAAUGUCGUGGAUAAGCUGACAGGCGGAGAAUUUCUUACCUCCUUAGACUCUUCAGAUGGGAUUGCAAUUCUAAACGCUCUGGAGAAAGCUCGGCAAGGAAAGGCUAGACUCCGUCUUGCUCCCAAGCGCACAUUGGACUCCUUGAGCGGAAUGGCAUUCGGGGAGAGUAAGAAAAGACUAGAUUCUCUAAACGGAUCCACUUUUGGACUGAGUAAGAGGGAUUUCGACGAGAUUGACAACGUGGGUUUCACGGGUUUCGCAAAGAAAGCAUCGCGAUACGGCCCUAACCGCUACUCAUUGGCCCUAGCAAAGAAAAAUUUUGACGAAAUUGAUAGGGCUGGGUUCGGAACCUACAACAAAAGGAAUUUUGAUGAGAUUGAUAGAUCGGGUUUUGAAACCUUUGAAAAAAGGGAAGCCAAAGAGUAGUAUCUGAGCUUUCAUUUCAAAGUAAGUAGAAAGACACCACCUUGGUAAGAAUGAAAUAAAGAAGAGAAUUGAACCUUGUCAGAGACACGGUCUCUUGUGAAAUUGUCAAAGAACUCAUUUGUGCCAAGCGAUCAAGAAAGAUUUAUUUCUUCAUAUGAACAGUUCUUUUUCUUUUCACUUUAAGAAUAAAAUAAAUGAUGUAUCCAAAGCUAAAAUAUUUUACUCCCCAUCCAGUUUCUGUUGUUUUCUUUGUGUCUUUAAGUACUGUUUUAAUGUAUAAAUGUAUUCUAUAUGAAAUUAAAUGUAAACUGUUUACGUCU